UUGGAAAUUCCUGUCAGCCUUUCGCUUCGCGUAUCAUCUCUACUCUUACCAAUUCUUCUUGGCGAUGGUAGUGUCGUCCAUCGCUUUAAAAGGCAGACAUAUCACUACGAUGAGGCACUACUAGCGUAUGCAAAUCCUCACCCAGGCACCAAAAUUAAGCAAGGAUACCUGGCUCGAUACGCGCCACAGGAUUGGCCGAAAUGGUACUCGCGAACCGUAAUGCAGUGGGAUGGUGUGUCAGUUCAUUCCCCAUAUGACGUCAACGACAAUCGUUAUUCUAAAUGGCAUGCAACCAGGGUAAAAGGAAGCACAACUGCGUAG